GAGAGGAGCUGCUCAAUAUUAACGUCGAAGAUUAACUGGAGGAUAGCACAGACAGCUAAGGACAAAAAAAGCUUAGCUGUAAAGGGAAACAGGGAUUUCCACAUUCUAAGCGAGGAGUACUUACAUUCCGUAGAACAAAACAAUAUUUGGCUUACCACCAGCAUGCAGCGACCAAGCGGCCAAGGGACGGCGUUUUCAAUUGACUCCUUGAUUGGGACUCCGCAGCCCCGACCCGGGCACCUGCUUUACACCGGCUAUCCCAUGUUUAUGCCGUACCGACCCUUGGUCAUCCCACAAGCCUUGUCUCAUUCGCCUUUACAGUCUGGCAUUCCUCCGUUGGCCCCCUUGGCAUCCUUCGCCGGCCGUCUCACCAACACGUUCUGUGCCAGCCUGGGCCAGGGCAUGCCCUCCAUGGUGGCCCUCACGACAACACUGCCCAGUUUCUCGGAUCCGCCGGAUAGUUUCUACCCGCCGCAAGAGAUCCCGGGACCCCGAUUAAGCGCCGAUCCUGGGAUUAGGAGGCAAGAGAGCCCCCAUUCUGAGGAUUUGCCUGUAAGGGACAAGAGCACGGAGCUGCUGAACUUCUCGGAAACUUUUCAAACUAUCACAGGGGAGACCAAACUUUACAGCUCAGAUGAGGAGAAACUGGACCUCAAAUCAGCGGAGGCAGCGUGCAGCGACAGAGAGGAAGACAGCUCCGCGGACAGCGAGAACGAGAGUUUCUCGGACGGCAACAACUGUGGCUCAUUAUCCCAAAAGAAACUCAAACCCGGGUCUCAGGAACCUCUACCACCGGGGAGUGCGGCGGGGAAGAGCAGGAGGAGACGAACUGCAUUCACCAGCGAACAGCUUCUUGAACUUGAGAAAGAGUUCCACUGCAAAAAGUACCUCUCUCUCACGGAGCGCUCUCAGAUAGCUCACGCACUGAAACUGAGCGAGGUCCAGGUCAAGAUCUGGUUCCAGAAUCGCAGGGCCAAAUGGAAACGGAUUAAGGCCGGAAACGUCAACAACAGAUCGGGAGAACCAGUAAGGAAUCCCAAAAUAGUUGUCCCGAUCCCGGUGCACGUCAACAGGUUUGCCGUCAGGAGUCAACAUCAACAGAUAGAGCAAGGAAGCAGGCCGUGAACAAUCUGAGCAAGACUGCAAUAUUGUCUACUUUUAUUAACCAACCACUAAUAAGACACAGACUCUAUCUGACCACAUAUGAGGCACAAGGAAUUCAAAAAAAGAAAACCAUACGAGUACUUAAGAACGGAAACCGACUUCUUCGACUGCAUUGUAUGUCCCAAGAGUUUAUGGCUAUUUGAAUCGUAUUUGUUAGGGUAAUAUUUGCAGUAGCAAAGGCCCUAAUCACGGCAUAUUACAUUCUGCUUGGAAGAAAUGACUGGUCGUGGAUGUAUUUGAUUACAAUAUGACAUGACCCCUUUAC